GAAAACUGUCCACAAAUACAGAGGUGUUCUCUGUUUAGUCUCUCAAUUUAUACACAGCUCCUAACAUGGCUUCUGUUAAGAAUGUAGUUCCUCUGGCAACAAACCACAAUUGGGAUAUGACACUGACAUUUUUUUAAGCUCAGUUCAACUUUCACACACAUAAGUAAUGAAGAUUUCAUGGUAGGAUUUUUCUGCAGAACACCAUUGGGUUUUAUUAAGAGUGUCUUCUCAAUGUUUGGAGCAAUUGCUGGAAGAUCCCUUAGUCUUUUUAAAGUGGUAGAACCAGGCCACACAGAAAACAUUGUAAUCAUAACUGGGAGUUUGUGAGAAACAGGUGCAACACUUUGAUUCAUCUCCUGCACGAGAAAAAUGGGCUGUGAUCGGAAUUGUGGCCUCAUCGCGGGUGCUGUCAUUGGUGCCGUCCUGGCUGUUUUUGGAGGUAUUUUAAUGCCUGUUGGAGACAUGCUUAUUCAGAAGACAAUUAAAAAGGAAGUUGUCCUUGAAGAAGGUACAAUUGCUUUUAAAAACUGGGUUAAAACAGGCACAGAAGUUUACAGACAGUUUUGGAUCUUUGAUGUGCAAAAUCCACAGGAAGUGGCAGUGAACAGCAGCAACAUCAAGGUUAAACAAAGAGGUCCUUACACAUACAGAGUUCGUUAUCUAGCUAAGGAGAAUAUAACUCAAGACCCUGAGGACAACACAGUCUCUUUUGUACAGCCCAAAGGAGCCAUCUUUGAGCCUUCACUGUCAGUUGGAACAGAGAAUGACACCUUCACGGUUCUGAAUCUGGCUGUAGCAGCUGCACCACAUAUCUACCAAAAUUCAUUUGUCCAAGUUGUCCUCAAUUCCCUUAUCAAAAAGUCCAAAUCGUCUAUGUUCCAAACUAGAACUUUGAAGGAACUGCUGUGGGGCUAUAAGGACCCCUUCUUAAGCUUGGUUCCAUAUCCUAUUUCUACAACAGUUGGUGUGUUUUAUCCUUACAAUAAUACUGUAGAUGGAGUUUAUAAAGUUUUCAAUGGAAAGGAUAACAUAAGCAAAGUUGCCAUAAUUGACUCUUAUAAAGGGAAAAGGAAUCUCUCCUACUGGCCAAGUUAUUGCGACAUGAUUAAUGGGACAGAUGCAUCCUCCUUUCCACCAUUUGUUGAGAAGUCUCGAGUGCUGCAGUUCUUUGCCUCUGACAUUUGCAGAUCAAUCUACGCUGUGUUUGGAUCUGAGGUUGACCUUAAAGGAAUCCCCGUGUACAGAUUUGUUCUUCCAUCCAAAGCCUUUGCAUCUCCAGUCCAGAAUCCAGACAACCAUUGCUUCUGUACUGAAAAAAUCAUCUCAAAUAAUUGUACCUCAUAUGGUGUGCUAGACAUCAGCAAAUGCAAAGAAGGAAAACCUGUCUACAUUUCCCUUCCUCACUUCCUACAUGCAAGUCCUGAUGUUUCAGAAGCUAUUGAAGGCUUAAAUCCGAACGAAGAAGAACAUAAGACCUACCUGGAUGUGGAACCUAUAACUGGAUUUACUUUACAAUUUGCAAAACGACUACAGGUCAACAUACUCGUCAAGCCAGCCAGAAAAAUUGAAGCAUUAAAGAGUCUGAAGAGACAUUAUCUUGUACCUAUACUUUGGCUUAAUGAGACUGGUACCAUUGGUGACGAGAAAGCAGAAAUGUUCAGAAGUCAAGUGAUUGGAAAAAUAAAACUCCUUGGCACUGUAGAAAUGGUCUUGCUUGGUGUUGGAGUGGUGAUGUUUGUCGCUUUUAUGAUUUCAUACUGUGCUUGUAGAUCAAAGAAAGUAAAAUAAGUAGUAAAUGAGCCUACAUUUCUGCACAAGCUACUUCAAGAUCUUUUGUAAUACCAAUCUAUAAAAUGGAGCCUUAAUAUAUGCUUUGUUUUUACAAAAACCAAAACCAUUUCUUAGUUGAAGAAAUGGUGGCUCUCUAUCUCUCUCUUUCUCUCUCUCCAUAUAUAUAUAUAUAUAUAUAUAUUUGCACUAAGCUGAAGCACAUUUCAAAAGGAUUAAUAUGUUACUGUAGUCUAUAUUUUGAACAAAACCAAGCACUUUUCGAAGUCCAUCAUUUGUGUCACUGAGUAGACUUCAGUUUCUGCAGAACUGAUUGAUUCUGUUUGGAUCUGAUUCACUGAUGCAUUUUCCUGGUGGCAAAUUCCAGUAGAAGCACACAUUCUAUAUAAAUCCUGUCUUCUUCAUCAUGCUUGGAGUGUCCCCAUUCAUUUGCAAAGACAGACCUCAGGACUGUCAGCAUGUUGCAUUGCAUAAGCACAAAAUACUUUAAGACAUUUAAGAAUGAAAAAUGAAUGACUGGAUUAUGAGCCGUCGAGUAAGCAUUGCUUACAUUUCUUUCUCUCUGGAAUCCUCUGUAUGCAAUAACAGAUAUCAUAACUGUUUUUAUUUCAUAACACUGAGCUUACAUAUUUGGUCAGUGAUCAUGAAAAUGGACAUCAUUUUUAGCACAUUUUAUCUCUUCAUAUUUUCAAGUCUGUGUUAUUUUUCCAUGUUGUGUAGCUCUUCCAGAGAUGGAGUGGAUUUUGUUUUCUACUCAGUUGCCAUGUAUGCCUAGCACUUCCAAAUGCCAUUCUAGCACUGAGAUGUAAAUUAUAAUAAAGAAGUUAUUUUUUUUGGAAUAUGACAAAAAGUAACGUGCAUUAAAAUAUAUUUGUUGUAAUAUUUUCGUUUACAUAGUCACCCCAAAAGGACUGAUUCCAAUCAUUAAAAGAUGUUCUUCCUUAAAUUCCA